ACAAGGACCUGCAGUCACAAAAAGCUUACUCUGAACCAACUUCCUUCUCAUAUUUUUCUUCAUUUACUUGCUUGCUGAACCAGGAAUAGGAUUGGAAUGGGCAAGCCUAGAAGUGGAUUUCUCCUCCAGUGUGCUUCCACACACUUCUGAACCUGAAUCCCAUUGGCGAGUAUAUUUUCAGAAAACUGUGCAUAGGAUCAGAUCAAUGCAGAGCUGGUUUAAAGGCUGCAGGGUGAACAGUAAAAGCCAAGUUGUGUAGCACUUGUUAAUUGGCAAAUAGACCUGUUAUAUUCCACAGCUGUCUGGGAAGAGAGGUUAGUACAGGACUAGAAUUACUCAUGCGUCCUUUGGCUCAGGCAUGUUGACCCGGAGCAUGGACCAACAUAAUGGAACUAAGUCAAUGUGAUAACCAGUCUUGUUACCUUAAGAACAGUAAUAAUUAUACCAAUGCUACAUCUGAGGUCAUCCGCAACACCAGUGAGGUCUUGGUUACCACAUUCCUGGGGGGUAUCCUUGCCCUCAUGUGCCUCAUUGGGAUGGUUGGAAACAUCUACACACUGGUAGUAGUCAACCUCUCCAGAAGACUGAAUGGCUCUAUGUAUGUUUAUAUUGUCAAUUUGGCCUUGGCGGAUCUCUUGUAUCUCUCCACCAUCCCUUUUGUCAUCUGUACUUACUUUGCCAAAGACUGGUACUUCGGGGAGGUGGGAUGCAGGGUCCUUUUCAGCUUGGACUUGCUCACCAUGCAUGCCAGCAUCUUCAUCCUCACCAUCAUGAGCACAGAGAGGUUCCUGGCCGUUGCCAAGCCCUUGGACACCCUCAGGAGGCAGAGAGAUUACCAAAGAGUCAUUGCCUGUGCCGUGUGGUUCAUCUCCUUCCUCCUCACCUUGCCCACCAUGAUCCUCAUUGACCUACGGACCAGCAGCCAAGAUGGUGUGACCAAGCGCAUGUGCUAUCCAACUUGGCAGAUGGAGUCCUACAAAGUCUACCUCACCGUCCUCUUCAAUACCAGUAUUUUGGCCCCAGGUCUCAUUAUUUGCUGCCUAUAUGCAAAGCUGGCCAGGAGUUACUGGAGAUCCCAGGUGGCUAUCUUUGGCCCCAAGGAUAUGAAGCGGUGCCCUAAGCAGAAAGUCCUGUAUAUGAUCUUCUGCAUCAUCCUUGCCUAUUGGACCUGCUUCAUCCCAUUCUGGCUCUGGCAGUUGAUCAGUGUCUACCACCCGCAGCCAGAGAACCUGGAAAGCCAUACCGUUGUUUGUAUAAACUUCUUUGUGACCUGCCUGGCAUACAGCAACAGCUGUAUCAACCCUUUCUUCUACACACUGCUCUCCAAGAAUUACAAGGAGUACAUAAGGAGCCAGCAGAAAAAUGGUCUUCUCUUCUCCAUGAUCAAGCCCAAGGGGGCCUCCUCAAGAAAAUCUAUGUUUUCUGCAAGCCACACAUACACAGAAUGUAUGGCUGUUGCUCAGCUUGAGGGAAACGACUGCAAAGGUGUGGUCUCUCUGUGA